UCUACUUCUCCUCAAGCCACCCCUUUCUCCUCAGCCGGUUUCCCUCUCCUCUGCCCUCAUCCGUCCUUAGUCUCCCAUCCUUCCUCAGCUAGUUCUGGGUUCCUCUUCCCUCACAUCUCCUCAGCGGUCCUCUCUGCGAGACGCACACGGGCUUUGGAUUUGCUCCUCCCCUUCCCUACCUCCCCGCCUCCUGCGUGGCCGGGGAGGGAGCCGGCCAGCUAGAGUCCGCAUCCGUGUGCACUGGUUGCGGCAGGGCCCAGUGAGCAGGUGGAGCUCAGCCUCCCGCGGAGCAUUGGGCGGUGGACCGCAGUGUCGAGGCCCGAGACAUGGCGGCCACGCGCCUCUGAGGCCGCAGAGCCAGAGCCUGACGAUGCAGCUUGGCUGCUGACUGCCCGGGCGCGUGGCCCCGAGGAUCCUCGCUGCGGUCAUCACUCUGCAGUCUGUCUUCAUGGUGUAUUCCUCCUCAGCGCUUCCGGCCGUGUAGCAGCCGCUGCCGGCCGGGCCUCGGGGCACUCUGCCUAUUCAUCAGGCACUUUGCAUCUUCACCUCCAUUCCCAUUUGCUUUCCUAACCCCCUUCUGCUUCACAUCUGUCUCCGCCACCCCGCUAUGGCCGCAGAAGAGGUGCUGCAAACGGUAGACCACUAUAAGACUGAAAUAGAGAGGCUGACCAAGGAGCUCUCAGAGACCACCCACGAGAAGAUCCAGGCUGCUGAGUAUGGACUGGUGGUGCUGGAGGAGAAACUGACUCUCAAGCAACAGUAUGACGAGCUGGAGGCCGAGUAUGACGGCCUCAAACAAGAGCUGGAGCAGCUCAAAGAGGCAUUUGGGCAAUCUUUCUCUAUUCAUCGUAAAGUGGCUGAGGACGGAGAGACUCGGGAGGAAACACUUCUACAGGAGUCUGCAUCCAAGGAAGCUUAUUAUCUAAACAAGAUCUUGGAGAUGCAGAAUGAGCUGAAGCAGAGCCGGGCUGUGGUCACAAAUGUCCAGGCAGAAAAUGAGAGGCUCACAGCUGUUGUGCAGGAACUGAAGGAGAAUAACGAGAUGGUGGAGCUACAGAGAGUACGAAUGAAAGAUGAAAUCCGAGAAUAUAAAUUCCGGGAGACCAGACUCCUUCAGGACUACACAGAACUGGAAGAAGAAAAUAUUACAUUGCAAAAACUGGUGUCCACAUUAAAACAGAACCAGGUUGAAUACGAAGGCUUAAAACAUGAAAUUAAGCGAUUUGAAGAAGAAACAGUGUUACUGAACAGCCAACUGGAAGAUGCCAUCCGACUGAAAGAGAUUGCAGAGCAUCAGUUGGAAGAAGCCCUUGAGACAUUGAAAAAUGAAAGAGAGCAAAAGAACAACCUGAGGAAGGAGCUGUCCCAGUACAUCAACCUCAGUGAUAACCACAUCAGCAUCUCGGUAGAUGGGCUCAAGUUUUCUGAGGAUGGGAGCGAGCCAAACAACGACGACAAGAUGAAUGGGCAUAUCCAUGGGCCUCUUGGGAAACUUAAUGGAGACUAUCGUACCCCCACAUCACGGAAAGGAGAAUCCCUACACCCCGUGUCUGACUUAUUCAGUGAGCUGAACAUUUCAGAAAUUCAGAAAUUGAAGCAGCAGCUCAUGCAGGUAGAACGAGAAAAAGCUAUUCUUCUGGCCAACCUCCAGGAGUCACAAACCCAGCUAGAACACACCAAGGGGGCACUGACAGAGCAGCAUGAACGAGUGCAUCGGCUCACAGAGCAUGUCAAUGCCAUGAGGGGCCUGCAGAACAGCAAGGAGCUCAAGGCUGAGCUAGAUUGUGAGAAGAGCCGCAACUCAGCAGAGGAAGCCCACGACUAUGAGGUGGACAUCAAUGGCUUAGAGAUCCUUGAGUGUAAAUAUAGAGUGGCUGUCACUGAGGUCAUUGAUUUGAAAGCGGAAAUUAAGGCCUUAAAGGAGAAAUAUAAUAAAUCUGUAGAAAAUUAUACAGAAGAAAAGACAAAAUAUGAGAGUAAGAUCCAAAUGUAUGAUGAGCAAGUGACAAACCUUGAGAAGACAUCUAAGGAGAGUGGCGAGAAGAUGGCCCACAUGGAGAAGGAGUUGCAAAAGAUGACUGGCAUAGCCAAUGAAAAUCACAACACUCUCAAUACAGCCCAGGAUGAGUUGGUGACAUUUAGUGAGGAACUAGCACAGCUUUAUCACCAUGUGUGUUUAUGCAAUAAUGAAACUCCCAACAGGGUCAUGUUGGACUACUAUUGGCAAAGUAGAGUUACCCGAAGUGGCAGCCUUAAGGGGCCUGAUGAUCCUAGGGGGCUUUUGUCUCCAAGAUUAUCCAGGAGGGGUAUUUCAUCCCCAGGAGAAUCAAGGACAUCACCUGAACCAGUUUCAAAAGAAAACACAGAGACUAUUAAAGAGCCAAGUCCAACCAAGACUCCCACAAUCUCUCCUGUUAUUACUGCCCCUCCUUCAUCUCCAGUUUUGGAUACAAGUGAUAUCCGCAAAGAGCCAAUGAAUAUCUACAACCUCAAUGCCAUAAUCCGGGACCAAAUCAAGCAUCUGCAAAAAGCAGUGGACAGAUCCUUACAGCUGUCUCGUCAAAGGGCAGCAGCGCGAGAGUUGGCUCCCAUGAUCGAUAAGGACAAAGAAGCCUUAAUGGAAGAGAUUCUCAAGCUGAAGUCCUUGCUGAGCACCAAGCGGGAGCAGAUUGCCACACUGAGGGCAGUGUUGAAAGCCAAUAAGCAGACAGCUGAAGUGGCUCUAGCUAAUCUGAAGAACAAAUAUGAAAAUGAAAAGGCAAUGGUGACUGAAACAAUGACAAAACUGAGGAAUGAGCUGAAGGCUUUGAAAGAAGAUGCUGCAACCUUCUCAUCCCUAAGAGCAAUGUUUGCAACAAGAUGUGAUGAAUAUGUCACACAGUUGGAUGAGAUGCAGAGACAAUUAGCAGCUGCAGAAGAUGAGAAGAAGACUCUAAAUACUUUAUUGCGAAUGGCUAUCCAGCAAAAGCUCGCCCUGACACAGCGGCUGGAGGACUUAGAGUUUGACCAUGAGCAGUCCAGACGCAGCAAAGGCAAACUUGGAAAGAGCAAGAUCGGCAGCCCUAAAGUAAGUGGGGAGACGCCAGCCACUGUGCCUACCAUAGACACUUACCUCCUGCAUAGUCAGGGUCCACAGACACCCACCAUUCGGGUCAGCAGUGGCACUCAGAGGAAAAGACAAUUUUCACCUUCCCUUUGUGAUCAGAGCCGUCCCAGGACUUCAGGGGCCUCCUACCUACAGAAUUUAUUAAGAGUUCCCCCUGAUCCCACCUCCACAGAAUCAUUUCUUCUGAAAGGUUCCCCUUCCAUGAGUGAACUCAUCCAAGGGCAUCGGCUCAGCAAGGAAAAAAGGUUAACCGUGGCUCCACCAGAUUGUCAGCAGCCUGCUGCCUCCGUACCGCCACAGUGCUCACAACUAGCUGGGAGGCAAGACUACCCAACUGUCAGUCUGGACAUUGCCCUCCCUGAGGAGCAGCCACAUUCCAGCUCACAGUGUGCUCCUCUCCAUUGUCUCACCAAGCCUCCUUAUCCCUAGUCUUCAUCUCUGGGCUGAAGGGUUUAUAGCCACACUGAGGACACUGCCCGCGAUCUAGCAGGUGUCUUCUUGGAGAUUAGAUGUACAUAUGUAUUACAAUCCAUCAUUUUUGAAGAGGAGAGAGAGUUCAGAAGAAUAAAAUGAUGCAUUGAACCUCAUGUGAUUAGACAAUUUAUGACUUCUCUGAGUCAUAGAUGACCUGCAAUCAAAUGGCAACAGUUCUCUUGAAAUUUGUAAGAAAUAUGUAUCUCAGACAGCUGGCUUUACCUCCAUAGCAUAAAAGAGAUCCAAGACAGUGUAAAAUAAAUAUAUUGUAAAAAAUCAUCUUUCCCUAUCUUUCAGAGUCGGCCAUAGAAAUUGAUUUCAAUAUUUUUCAUUGAUACUUUAUAUUUUAUUUGCUAUAUGGUUUUGUUUAUAAAGAUAACUUUUGUAAGCAGAAUUCCUUUGUUUUUAAAUAAUCAUAGUUCGCUUGGUUUAAUUUAGUUUAAAAUCUGGAACUGGCAGAUUACGAUCCUUCUUGCAAAGAAUUACAAAUGAGGUGCAUUAGAAUGUUGACAAUAACUGUUUUGCUGCUACAUGAAUAUUAGAAAGUAACUACAUGUUAUUUUCUAAUUCAUACUCCAUUAAUGGCUUUUUUAAAACUAGAGUUCUUCACUGGACAUUUAUUAACAAAA